AUGGAAAUUCCCGACAAACUCCCCUUCUCCAAGCGGCGGCUUCGACCGCGUGUUGUUAUCUCCUACAUCUUUGACUAUGUGAUCAUUAUUGCAUGCGCUAUCGGCUUCUCAAUUCUCAACAAGGUCGAGCCCUACCACCAACACUUCUCCCUCAACAACAUCUCCAUUCAAUACCCUUAUGCCGUACAUGAACGAAUCCCCAUGGCUUAUGCCCUCUGCAUCUCUGCUGCGUUUCCACUCGCCCUCAUCAUCGUUUACACCUUGGUCCUCGAUGGAUUGUUUUCGCACCACAAACCACAAGACACGGUGUCUGGGAAGCGGAAGCUGAGAGGUCCGCAUCGCUGGAAGGACAGACUUUGGGAGCUCAAUUGUGGUGUUUUGGGUCUUUUGCUGGCGCAGGGACUCGCGUUUGUCAUCACACAGGCGCUGAAGACCGCAUGUGGCAAGCCGCGCCCCGAUCUCAUUGAUCGUUGUCAACCACGCGCUGGUAGCAAGGACCUGUUCCCCGGGUUGUCGAACUCGACGAUUUGUACAGGCGAUCCUGCCUUGCUGACAGAUGGAUUUCGGUCGUGGCCGUCCGGCCACAGUAGCUGUGUGUAUACCCCCUUUAUGAUUCACCAGGCCUGUCCUAUUACUAACACCGUUUCCUCACUAGCCUCCUUCGCCGGUCUUGUUUACAUAUCCCUCUGGCUGGGCGGAAAGCUACACGUUAUGGACAAUCGCGGCGAGGCCUGGAAGGCCCUUCUUGUGAUGAUCCCUCUACUAGCAGCGAGCCUCGUGGCCGUAUCGCGUAUCAUGGACGCGCGCCACCACCCCUUUGACGUGAUCACGGGGUCAAUGCUUGGGGUGGGUCGCGCUUAUCCCAUCCGCACCUGGGGGACCGAGCCUGCAGGACCCGAUGCCGUUCGAUUUAUCGGCUCCAAAGGCGAAAGCUCGACGGCUCUCCGUAACCAUGAAGAAGAGCGCAUGGACCCGCCAGAUCUCCCCAGUUCGGAACAUACCAGACCAAAUGCUUCUACCUACCUUCAGUCUUCCAACCCAUAUGUAUCCAAUAUGUACAAUCGCCGCCCACACGAUCACGACGCUGAUGGCGGUGCUUGGUCGUCGAGUGAGGAUGACGUUAGUAACGGGUAUGAGAUGCGGCAUGGUCAAGCUAUGGGGCAGAAUACCGGUGCGGGUCACCGUAUGCCUCAGUAUGACUCCAAUAAUGCAUAUGUGUCCCAGACCCAGCCGCUGACGGCUGACACGGGAAUAUAUGCUCCUGACACGAUGGCGGGUCCGGGGCGUCCGUUGACGGACAUGCCCGGUCGGGCUAUCUAA